CAUUAAUACCCAUUUAGGAUUCAGUCGCGCGAACGCCCGUUAAGGCUCGACUGCCAAUGAAAGUGUGGCGAAAUAGUGAAAUCAGUUCGUAUUUAGUAAUAAACUAUGGUUGACGAUUAGACAAAGUGAGGAUCUGUUUAGUCAUCAUGCGGCCGGCGCUGAUCAAAAUGGAGACGACGUUUAUAUUAUUCAGACUACGACUAUCGAGGGCGACGAAAGCAUUCCUUGAUGCCCUGAGCGAAUCCGGCGCGGCGUGCGUGUCCCGCGCGACUGCCAUCAAGUUUCUACUUGCGCGGAAAUUCGAUGUUGCGCGCGCACACGAGCUGUGGAGGCAGCAUGGCGCCACUAGGCGGCGCGAGGGGCUUAACAAGUUUGAGCCGUUUGAAGAUCCGCUCAAGAGUGAAUUGGAGACGGGGAAGUUUACUAUACUGCCAACCCGCGACGCGACGGGCGCGGCCAUCGCGGUGUUCACGGCCAACAAGCACUUCCCCGCGCAGACCACGCACCAGAUUACUUUACAGGGCGUGGUGUACCAGCUGGACGUGGCGCUGCAGAGCGCGGACACGCAGCGCGCGGGGCUGGUGUUCAUCUACGACAUGACCGACUCCAAGUACACCAACUUCGACUACGAUCUGUCGCAGAAGAUCCUCACCAUGCUCAAGGGUGGCUACCCAGCGAAGUUAAAGAAGGUGUUGAUAGUGACGGCGCCGCUGUGGUUCAAGGCGCCCUUCCGCAUCCUGCGGCUGUUCGUGCGCGAGAAGCUGCGCGAGCGCGUGCACACAGUCAGUGCGCCGCAGCUCGGCGCGCACGUGCCGCGCGCCAGCUUGCCGCGCCAGCUGGGCGGCCUGCUGGAGCCCGACCACGCCGCCUGGUUGGAACACUGUAAAAACUGCUACCUAAACAAUCUGCAGAACGCAAAACUAGAUGGCGUUAUAGACGAAUAUGUAAUCAGCAACCACAUACCGCCCGUCAAGCCGCAAAAUGGUAUAAUCGAGCACGAGCAGCGUGACAUGACCAGCGACCACGCGACAAGGAUCGACGACGACUCCGCCAUGCAUAUUAGCGACCGCGAUACCCCGCCCUACACCUGCGACCCCAACCCCCUCAGGCACACUCACGGCUACAAUGGCGACAUGAAGAGCAGGCAUAUAAACUCCGGCGAUGAGGACGAUUUAGAUAUAAGCACGCGCGGUACGUGGUCAUCGGGUGAGGCAUCGCCGGGGUUGUCGGACGAGGAGUGCGGCGGCGGCGGCGUGGGCGAGUCGGCGGCGGCGCUGCUGGCGCGGGUGCGCGCGCUCGGCCGCCGCGGCCUGCACGCCGAGUACGAGGAGAUCCGCGCCAGGGCUCCUCCCGGCACCUUCCACCACGCCAAAUUGCCGAGUAACCUAGCCAAGAACCGCUACACAGACGUGCUGUGCUUCGACCACUCGCGCGUGCUGCUCUCCCAGACCGACCCCGACGACCCUACCACAGAUUAUAUCAAUGCCAAUUACGUCGACGGGUACAAGCAGAAGAAUGCCUUCAUAUGUACACAGGGACCCCUCCCCAAAACGUUUGGCGACUUCUGGCGCAUGGUGUGGGAGCAAGGCACGCUCGUGAUCGUGAUGACGACGCGCGCCGUGGAGCGCGGCCGCGUCAAGUGCGGCCAGUACUUCCCUGUCGCCGUCGACACUCGAGCGGUACAUGGCGGCUUCGCAGUUACUGCUGAGGCCAUUGAGCAGGAGGAUGAUUAUACUGUGACGCAUCUAGUGCUCACCGAUCUGAGGACGGAGCAAUCGCGGCGCGUGUGGCACGGGCAGUACACGCGGUGGCCGGACUACGGCGUGCCGGGCGGCGCGGGCGGCGCCGGCGGCGGCCGCGCCGCGCCCGUGCUGCGCUUCCUGCAGCUGGUGCGCCGGGCCCAAGCUCGAGCGCUUGCCGAACUUGGAGAUGCAUGGGCGGGACACAGUAGAGGGCCGCCCAUAGUGGUGCAUUGUUCUGCUGGCAUUGGUCGCACGGGCACGUUCCUAACACUGGACAUCUGCGCGAUGCGGCUGGCGACGGAGCGCACGGUGGACGUGCGCGGCACGGUGGAGCGCGUGCGCGCGCAGCGGGCGCACUCCAUACAGAUGCCCGACCAGUACGUGUUCUGCCACCUCGCCGUGCUGGAGUACGCGGUGCAAAAUGGCUACUUAGAAUCUGCUGACCUGUCCGGCUUCGACGACGACAACGAAGACGAGUCCGAAUGAAGACUGUCGCACCAUUCCUGCGCCGUUCUGUGAGCGCCGCGCGCACUCCACGCCGACUCGAGUCGCGUCGUCGCAGGAUCGAGUCGCGCAAUCCUGUUUCGAGCCGUUCAAUCGCGAUUGUGAACCGCCGUUUCGAAUCGCAUAAUUGUCAAUGCCGUGUGAAUGCUCGAUUGCAAAAAUGUCUGCCUUCGCUUCGGACGACCCUACCGUGUCAGAGCUCAAAAAGUGGCCUACACUAUCGUAUUUCCUGUUUGUGUGAAUUUUGAGAGGCACAUGACUGGAAAUUGUCGGUUACUCAGAUAUUGUCUACGUUGUGUACUGCAAACCGUGCGUUUAAAAGUGUGGUGCUACUUCGUCCUUCGUAUUUUUGCAACGUUGCAACAGACUCCAUCCGGAUAUGUAGUGGAAUCUUAGCACAAAAGUGAACUGUGUUCAUUAGAAUUACGUGGAAGUGAACUAUUAUGUGCUCUCAAGGAACUGAAACCGGACUUAAAACCGUUGUGAUAUCGCCAUAGAUGUGAACCACGUCUUUUGAUGUAAAAUGGAACUCUGUGAAUCACGGAACCAUGUCAAAUUUGACAGGUAGUAAGAGAUGCCUUACGAUUUGUUUUUUAAUGUCAGUGUGACGUAGUUCCGAGGGCUCAGAGUUUGUUGACUGUAUGUACGCCCCAGUUUGGCCAAAUAAAGUUAUACAGGAUGUACGCGAGUUGCUUGCCUGACGAAAGCGCGGGACAAGCCCUAAUAACAAAACGACUCAAGUUUCCAGCUCCAGUCGACGGUGAUCAACUCGAGCGCUGCCUUCUAGCAUAAGUUCUAGUGAUUACAAAAAUAUACAUACGAUUGAGAACGUUCCUUUAGCACGAAUAAGAACUGAACUAGAUCAAUAUUGUAUUUGGAAAGGAAACCUCGUGAAUCGAGUAUUUAUUUUGCAUAUUUAAAAAAUCUUUGUAACCAAAAAUAUUUCCAUAAUUAUUUAGGGUUUUUAUUACGAUUAUUUAUUUAUAAAUGAUGUAUGGCUGUGUGAAGUUUUUCGUCUGUAAUUUAUGUAUUAGUUAUGUAUGUGUAUGUUUAUUUGUUUGGAUAAAUAUUUAGCGGCGCGGUCGUGGCAUGGAUGACUCGCCUGUCGUAGCGCGGGGCGCUUCCGGCAAUCAGGCUAAUUAAAAUAGUCAUGUGAUUGAACGGCCGAGCACAAAUCCAGGAAGGCCGUUAACCGAAUGCAGGUAGUCAUAUAUUGUCAAGUCCUCAUAUAUUGUCAUUACCAAGUCGGUGCAAACGGACUAUAAACCUAUAAGAGAUUCAGUGUAAGACUUAUAAGAUUACUACCUACAGAAGUUUGCAGUGAGAGACCGUGCAGUAAUUCGUAGUUUCCAUUCCAUCUACAUAGAUAGAUAUCUUUUCUUCACUGUUAGAUUACAGAAAAAAUGAAAUGUGCCAAUUUAAAUAUGCACAAUGAGUCAAUAUCAGUUCUCAUUAAAUGAGUUAUUUUGUUUCGUGAAAUUGGUUUGCACUUUAUUGCUUAUUAUUGGGAAGUUCUCUUGGUCUUCAGUGUCAUGGCCUAACGGAUAGUAGUAUCGUAUCCAUACUGUACGCAGCGAGCAGUGUGUCCUGGAGACCGAGGCCGAGCACGGAAGCGCCCCGGAGGCCGCGCCGCCUGCCGUGUGAUCAACAGACACCAGCGAGUUAUCAAACGUUUGAUACGAUUUUUAUACGUCGAGGUGCUGGUAGAAUUAAAUCAUUCAUGACUCGACAAUCCGGAUUGUCUCCAUGCACUACGCACGAAAACUGGCAGCUCAUGCCUCCAUCGUAGCUACGCACCGUACUAAGCAUCAUCGAGUAAUGUACCUUAAUAAUUAUAUAGAUAGACUGAGUACCAUGUAUCUGAUAUGUUCCAAAAUUAUAGACGACCCGGACUAGGGACGCACUGCAUCCCCAUGUAAAUCGAAUAUUGGUUUUGUUCGCAAACAGUAUAUUGAAUUGCAUUUAGUGAAUCGGAGUAAAUAGUAUUUAUUUUUCCAACGGAAUGCUACAACAUAUCUUUAAAGAGUCGUACGGUUCCUUUAAAACGCGUAAAACCAAAAGGCAAGUUAUGUUAAAAUAAAUAUAAAGUUUGUCAUAUUGUUGGAACAAGAAUACACUUUAAUGACUACGAAUUAAGUUACAAUGUUCUUUAACAAUACUAACAUGCUUUUCGAUUACGCGCGUUGCAAGGGUAUCGUACUUAUAUUUUAAAUCGCCGUCCUUUCACGUAACUUACAUAUCGCAGUAGACGUCUUCAUUUAUACUAGGUGGCAAGCAAAAUGUUUCAGUCCAACUAACUUAUAUGCUAUAAAUUUAUUCAUAAUCAGAAUUAAUAGCACAACAGUUUCAACAUUAUAGGGCGUCCGCUAGCUAGCGCGGACGCACGGAGCGGGCACACGCACGCAGGUGACAUUGUAGGUAAAAUGAGUCGCACUUGCACGCGUCCGCGUCAGCGUUGCUAAUGCUAUUUUUCGUUAACUCUCCCAUCCGCUCUGUGCAACCGCGCUAGCUAACGGACGCCCAUUUAAUAUUUAUCAUGUAAAGCGUUUAAAUUAGUUAUACUACUUAUACUGCAAUGCUUUGCUGCAUCGAAAUGGGUACAUACGAGCGCAAAAUAGACCAGAAUGGCAAAAAUUUAGAGAUCUCUAAAAUUGAGAAAGGGCUAAAGAAGAAGAGAGAAGAGAAUAAAGCAUUGCUACCUCAAACAAAUGAUAAUAAUUGUAUAUACCAUGUGCCAUUGUCCACAAAGCUAACUGUUAAUUUGUGAACCAUGCAAAGACAAUGCAAUUGCAACGUCAGAUAAUGUCAGCAUAUGUCGUUUUCGAGUUGGAAUUUUGAUUUUAUUUCAAUUAAUCAAAUUUGAGAUUUAAAUGACAAUCGGUUGGUAGUCGACAAGCUUACCACUCCAUUGAGUCGAUGAUCAAAUAAAAUAGACACGAUGUAAAUAAAAUAGCACACAAGUUAGUUGGAUUCGAAAUCGUCUCAGUCCUGUAUCAUGUCUAACAUAGACAACUCGCCAUUAUUUUUUAAUUGAUGUGUCAUUCAAUGUAAACUUCCUUAUGAAAUGUAUGGAGCAUUAUGAACUUCCAUGUCUUAUAGUAAUUAAUAUACCCUUAUUAUAGUUGUUACUCGGAGCCACUGUUGAUUCUUGUAUUUGUAAAUAUUUUAUUUUCUGUUUUUAUUCUAAAUUAAAAACCCUUGUGAAAUACGUGUGAAAUAAAAAAAAUGUAAUAUAUUGAA